UAUUUCCUGUUCCGGUUUUCUAAACGCGUAAAGUGGUUUGAAAACAUAUAUAUAGCGUUUGCUUUCAAGAGAGCAAAGGUCGUUUUUUUCUCUUAGCUAAUAGCUUAGGUUUAGAUUUUGGUAAUGCAUAGACCGGAUUUCAGACAACCCAGUCCGGGCGGAAUGGGGUCCCGAGGAGGUGGUUUCAGAAGCCCGACAGGAUUCGACAACAGCGGGGUGGGAAUGCUUCCUUCGCCGCCGUGGGGAUUCCGUGGUGGUCCCCCUCCGUCUUAUGGACCACCUAGAUUUGGGCAGUUUGAUAAUGCCUCUCCAAAUACUCCUCCGAGAGACUUUGGUGGUAACGGUAAUAGGGGUUAUCACGGUGGAAGUGGGGGUAAAGGGAGAUUUAACAACAACGGCUCAUCUCCGGCGUAUACACCGCGUCGACAGAAUCCGAGUCCUCGUGGCGCUUCUUACAGAAAUUCUCCAUACCAUUCACAAAGUCCUGGACAACAUAUGGGUUAUCAGGGUUCCCCUCGGCAUUCCACUCCGUUUGGGUCGCGUGGUGGCAGGGGCGGCCAGGGGGCACAAGGUGGUGUGGAGAAGUUUUACAACCCGUCUAUGCUGCAGGACCCAUGGGCUAGCCUACAGCCAGUGGCGGUCACAGACACAAGCAGCUCCCAACAGCAAGCCACACAUACAGGCAGGCCAGGGAGGUAUUUCAACUAGGACCCCCCCCCUCAAAAACCAUGCGGAUGAGGCCUCAAUCCUUUCCUUUCAUAUUUACCCUAUUCUUUCUUCGUUUCGGACUAUUACCAAAACCAUUUGAUGUAUGGUAAAGUUGCCUAUAACACAGACAAUAUAGUACAGCAGUCUUUGAAGAUGUCAGAGGAUUCACCAGCAACUGUUAGUGGACAUGGACUGUCCACUAUCUGAAGGUCUUUUCCAGCACACCUUGACUCACACCGUUACUUUUUUAAACCCUGAGCGUGAGACUUCUCAAUUUUCAGGGCAAUGGCAGCAAACUAAAGCCAAACAGGGAAUGCAGUGUACUCAAAUUCUUUUAGUGGAUUUAUUUUAUCCAUCUGCAAGGUAGUUUAAUACGGACAUGGUCUGUCUUUUUAUGAUAUGUUAAUAUAUGAUAUGUUUCCCGUUUUUUAAACAUUGUGUCAGUAUAAAGUGUCGAAAAGAAAGGGGGGCUUUUUUUUUAUUUGAUUUAGUUUUACCCCUCAGAACUACAGCGGUGAAUCUCUGGGUCCGUAUUCACAAAGCAUAUCAGAGUAGGAGCGCUGAUCUAUAAUCCGUUUUGCCUUUUCAAUCAUUUAGUGAAUAAGAUUAUGUGGACAGAUCCUAGAUCAGAACUGCUACUCUGAUGCUUUGUGGAUACGGGCCCUGAUCUCCACAGGGUUAGCGUUGCGUUUUAAGAACUGAUGGAUUAGUUGGUCUAGCCUGUUGUAGACUGUGUAAACCUCAUUCUUGUUCUAGGCUUAUUUCUAAUGAAAUUACACGUUAAAUGUAUUUUUAUUGGUAUUUCAAAAUGGGCAAUAUAAACCAGUGACUUGUCACUGCCUCAGGUUUCUACAUCUGUAAAUAUGUAUUCUAAAGGAUAUGUUUUCUUAUUGGCAAGAAAUAGAAUUUGGAAGUUUGAUGUAAGUGUUUUUUGUAGUAAAUUCAAAAAUGGUACAGACGUUUGUGAUUUUAGUUUCACUUAAGACAAUUGCCAGCAGCAUACCACCCUGCAUACGACUGCUGGCGUGCCUCUGAAACUAAGCAGGGUCGGUCACUGGAUGGGAGACCAGGUGGUGUUGCAUGGCCAGUAGGGGGAAGUCUUCCCUCUGGUCUAAGGCGAUCUUACAGCCCCAGGGCAGUGAAGGGGACAUUGCCCUGUGUAGGGUGCAGUCUUUCGAAUGGGACGUUAAAUGGGUGGCCUGAAUCUGGUCAUUUAAAAAUGGCACUUUAUCUUAAGAGUAGGGGUGUUAACCCUGGUGUCCUGGCAAAAUUCCCAACCUAGCCCCAUUUCCAUCAUGCCCACCUAAUCAUCCCCCUCAUUCUUAAUUGGCAUAUGUCACUCCUCACCUCUCCACCUGAUGUGUGGUGAGCGUUCUGGCACAAAAAUGGUCGCCAUGCAUCGCUGAGAUGGGUGCUACACAUUGGUGGUGGAGUCAGUGAUUUAUUUCCCUCCUACUAUGUAAAGUGCUUUGAGUACCUCAGUUGGUAGAAAAGCGCUAUAUAAAUUGAAUCAAUUAUUAUUUAUGAUUGGCCAAGGAGAUUAUUAUUGAUUAUGUAAAUGCACGAGUGGCUUCCUUUAUAUAAUCUGUUAACUUUAAAUCUCAAGAUAUGAUUUUACAAAUUGACAUGGUGCUUGUCCCUUAUGCAACAGGCAAGCAUGUUGUACUAUGUGUACACAUUAUCACUCACAUGUGAACAUUUUUUAGUUUACUCUGGUUUGAAAUUUGUAUUAAACAUUGGUUUAACUUUUUAUAGCUGUUCAUCUAAGGUUGUCCAAGAACAAGCCGAAACAUUCACAUUAAGAUAUUUAUUUAAUUCAGUCAAUUUACACAAUUCCAUAUGUUACGAGUUGAAAGGACCUCUGCUACCAGCGGGCAGCACAGACUGAAUGAUAGCGUCAUUGCUCCUAGGUACCAAGCCUCACACAAACCCAACAAUAGCAUGGGAUCCCAUGGGGCGUGUUCAUUAGGGGCACAGAAUGGAAAAUGUUUUUCAAACGGGGAAACAAGUCUCUUGACAAGUUCACGCAGUUCCUAACAGUUUUCAUUCCAUUCCGUGCCUGAUGAACAAGACCCAGGUUACAAUAAUUGUCUUGGUAAAACAAAAAAUGUACUAUGCUAAAGCUUCUGUUACACUGGAGAGGAGAUACUAAAA